GGGAAGGCGCAGGGAGGGGUCGGAUGCGUGCUGGCGAGAACAGGCAACAUAAUAAUGAGACUUAUGUGGACAUUCAAGAUGCCGCCUCGUCUCAACGGGGGGAAAUGAUGAACGUGAAAAGGAAAAAGAUUGUGACCAAAGAUUUGCCUGCAAAUCAACGAUCAACAGACAGUAGAAAUUCAGUGCAAGUGAGAAGCUGCCAGAAAGCAUGGAGGGUGGGAAACUAUUGGAUCCACUGUCAGACCCCACCAGCCCUCCAGAAAACCACAGAGGACAAAAAACCCAUGCAUGCUCAGAGUGUGGGGAAUCCUUUGCCCACCAGUCCCUCCUUUUGAUCCACAGAAAGGUCCAUGUGGGAACUGAAUCCAGUCAAGGUUUGGAGUGUCAAAAAUCCUUUUCUGGAGUGUGGGGCAUUGCAAAACAUCUCAGAAGCCACACCAGACUGAAAUCCUACAAAUGUGUGGAGUGUGACUUACGCUUUGGUCAAAAGUCAGAGCUGCUUAGACAUCAGCAAAUCCACACUGGAGAGAAACCUUAUCAAUGUCUAGAGUGUGGGAAGUCAUUUAAUGAAAAAUCGGUCCUUAAGAAUCAUGAGAGGCUUCACACAGGAGAGAAGCCUUACAAGUGCUGGCAGUGUGGGAAGUGCUUUGCUCAGCAUUCACAGCUUUGGGUCCAUGAGAAGGUUCACACGGGAAUAACAUCUUAUAAAUGCCUUGAGUGUGGAAAAUGUUACACUCGCAGUUCAUCUCUUCGGAGCCAUGAAAAAACCCACAGAGGGGAGAAAAACAAAAAGUGCCUAGAAUGUGGGAAAUGUUUUCCCACAAAAGCAAACCUGACGCGACAUCAGAGAAUCCACACCGGAGACAAACCCUAUGAAUGCCCAGAAUGUGAGAAACGAUUUGUGGAUUCUUCUGAACUUCACAGACACCAGAAGGGGCACAAAGGAGAGCAGCCCUAUAAAUGUGGGGAGUGUGGGAAAAGUUUUAUGACGCCAGGAGUGGUUCGGAUUCAUCAGCGAAUCCACACGGGGGAGAGACCAUACAAGUGUGUGGAAUGUGGGAAAUGCUUUUCCCAAAAACAACAUCUUGGAACACAUCAGAGGGUCCAUACAGGAGUGAAGCCAUACAGAUGCAUAGAAUGUGGGAAAUCUUUUGCUCAAAAGGGAGGACUUUGGCAGCAUCAGAAAACUCACACAGGGGAAAAGCCAUAUCGAUGCAAUGAAUGUGGAACAUUUUUUCGUACAAGAUCAGCCCUUAGAAGUCAUAUGAAAAUUCACACAGGGGAAAAAAAUUACAAAUGUUUCGACUGUGGGAGAGCAUUUGCUCAUUCAUCAUCCCUUAGAGUUCACAGCCUAAUCCAUACAGGAGAGAAGCCCCAUAAAUGUUUGGAGUGCAAUAAAUGUUUUUCCAGGAAAGGAACUCUUUUGAAGCAUCAAAGAAUUCAUACCGGAGAAAAACCUUACCAGUGUCUAGAGUGUGGGAAAUCUUUUCCUUACAAAGAAUGUCUUAGAAUCCACGAGAGGCUUCACACAGGAGAGAAGCCCUACAAGUGUGUAGAGUGUGAGAAAGCUUUUCGUUGUAAAUCAACGCUAAAAAAGCAUCAUCGAGUCCAUAUCGGAGAUAAACCCUUCAGUUGUGAACAACGUGGGAAGCAUUUUUCUCAAAAGUCACACCUUUAUGUUCACUGGGAACUUCACAUGGUGACAGAAGGGAAAGUUUGGUGUGGGGAAAUGUAUUUCAAAUAACCUUAAAAACCUUCAGAGAAGCCACGAUGAAGCAAACAUGCAUAAAGAUUGGGAGUGUGAGAAUGCUUUGUACACAAAGCAGCAUUAGUGACUUACCAGAGUGUUUACACAAGAGAAAAGAGUUACAAGAGUGUGGGGAGUGUAAAUAAUGUUUUGUAGAGUAAUCAAACAUUGAUGAACCCUGGAGCGUUCACAAACGGUAAUUGUAGAAAUGCUCAGAACGUUGAAAAAUAUUGAUGUCAGGGAGACCUCUGGAACCCAUAAAGAAUCUGCAAGAAAAAGAAAUUGAGUGCUUGGAGCGUGGGAAAUGUUUUUCUGGAAUGUGUAUCUUGGUCUUUUCAAGAAACACAAGGGAGUUCAUAGUUCUAGGAAAGUGAGGAAAAUUUCCCAUUCUUAUUUUAUCAGAGCAUUAUUUGGAAGACUGGAGGAGAGCACAUUUCCAUGUUAUAAAAAUAGUCAGGAUUGUUUCCAGGGGCAUGGACUGGAGAGGGUCAAAAAAGUCAAGAUGGCAGCCAUACUGUGCAGUCAAAGCCCUGCUGCUUUUUAGAUGUGUGUGGGGUGCCUGUGAAAAGGGACAGGGCUUCAAUUGUGCACAGAUGGCUGCCAUCUUGACUUUUUUGCCUCCUUCCCCACCUGGACACUUCUGACUCUGGGUCCUGGGUUGAAUUGCAAGAGGGUAGAUUUUGGAUGAACAUUAGGAGAAAUGUCUUGACUAUUUGGAUGAACCACUGCUCGUUCUCAAGGGGUGCCCAGCUCUCUGUUGCAGAAUGUGUUCAAACAGAGCCCAGAUAACCAAUUAUAUGUAAAGAUAAUUUGUAAUUUAUAAAAUUUAUAAAAUAUAAAUUUCAGAUGUCACACAGCUUCAACUCGUGCCUUGACAGGAAAGAUCAUCGUUGGCUACAUGUGCCUGACACACUCAUGAUUAACUAAACUAUGGUUUACUUAGCACAGGGUGUUUCAUGUGACCUGAAAUUCAGCUAAUGUGAGGCUAGAAUGUGUGCAAUAUUCUUGGUAUUCUUUACUGUAAUAUUCCACUAAUAUACAUAUAAAAAAUUACGUUUAAAUUUUUUCUUGCCAAUUUCAAGUUGGAACCAGUUACCAUAUUUUCCAU